GGAAGUUUGUUGUUGUACUCAAAAAGAUAUGACUCACAAUAUAGUUGAAGUUUUGUAGACAAGUUGUUGUAAUCUUACAUUAACAUUUGUGGGGCUAAAAAAAGACCAAAAGAUCUUUAAUCUCUUCUCUCUAAGCACACUUUGCCACUCUUUGCAGAAGCAUCUUGGAGCUCUCAUAGGCCAAAAGGAUCAAUAUAAGUGGUAGAAUUAAGGGUUAUUUUCAGCUUCAGAAAAAAGUAUCCACAUGAAGAAAUUCUAUAAGAAAUCCAACAUCAAUUAGAAGAGAAAAAAAAGUAGAAAAACAAGGCCACAAAAAAAAAAAGGAAAAAUAAAAGAAGAAAGAAUCAAACUCUCAGUGGUUGUCAUUAUCAACAAGCAAGUGCAUCAAUAAUCACAAAACAAGAACAAAUUUUGAAGCAUAUACAUUGACUCAAGUGGCAUCAAAUUUCACACUACACAAAUAUCAAUAUGCAUACGCAAGAAACAGAAACACAAUAGAACUAUCUUUACAAAUUCAAAGACACAAAAUUUAUACAAGAGGAUUAAUGGGAAUGAAGAGCACAGGAGGAGAAAUAGUUCAAGUUCAAGGAGGCCACAUUGUAAGGGCGACAGGUAGAAAAGACAGACAUAGUAAGGUAUACACUGCGAAAGGUCCUCGUGAUCGACGUGUUCGAUUAUCAGCACACACAGCAAUUCAAUUCUAUGAUGUUCAAGACCGUCUCGGCUACGACAGACCGAGUAAAGCUGUUGAUUGGCUUAUCAAAAAGGCUAAGUCUGCCAUUGACAAACUUGAUCAGCUUCCACCAUGGAAUCCAAUUCCAAAUGCAACAGAAGAGUUACAAGAGGAAGAGAAUAAUAAUAAUAAUGCAGUAGAAACAAAUGAAAUGGUUAUUGCAGCAGAACAAUCAGAAUCUUCUGGUUACAAUUUGCAGCAGAACAAUCAUCAUAACCAUAACCAUUCAGGUUUCAUUCAAUCAACUAUUGAUAAUGAUGCUAUAGCAUUUUUUCCAACAACUUCUGUUGGUGAAUCUAUGAAUUUUCAAAGCUACUCUUCUGAUAUAAUCUCAAGAACAAACAACUCAACACAGGAUCUUGGUCUUUCUCUUCAUUCAUUCCAAGACAAUUCAGCUUCAAAUGAUCAAACACUUUUCUCUGGAUCAAAUCCUGUUGGAUUUGAUGCUAAUUAUAACAGGAUUGUGAAUUGGAACACAGCUGAUAUGAAUAGAACCGGGUUUAUGGUUAAUUCGCCUGCGUUUCUUGGCCAAGGUUCGACUUUUUCCGCCCAUAGGGGGACCCUUCAGUCCAGUUUUUCGCCAUCACUUCGUCCUUGGAAUGAUAUUCCAAUUGCGGAUGCCUCGGUGGAUCAUCAUAAUCACAAGUCUCAACAACAAAUUCACCAAGCUUCUAUCUUCGGUAGCAGGUUUCUGUCUGAUGCUUUGACAGGUUUCUGUAUUCCUGCUAGAAUUCAAGGUGAGGAUGAGAGCCAUGGAGUUGGUUCCGAAAGGCCAUCCUCUUCUUCUAAUUCUCAUCACUAACCAUUAGUAUGAACUUCACAAUGCUACAAUCUUCCAUUUCUAUCAGGGGUAUUGUCUACUAGCUAUGAAGACAUGGGAAGAUUAAGAUGGACACAUUUUGAUGAUACAAAAAAUUUAUCUUUGUGGUAUUAUUUAUGUUCUCUCCUUAUUGUAACCAUUUACAUUGGUGUUUUUUAUGUGUUUUUUAAGCAAUUGGAAGUGGGUUCACUACUUCCUUCGAACCAAUGCUGCUAGAUAUAUUUAAUUAUUAUCAUGUAUUAUUUCGUGAUAUACUUUACUCAAUUAAUACAUGGCUUUGUGCUGGAUUUUGUUUUGAUUCUU